UGCCCACCAGUCGCUGCAUCCUCAUCACUCGCGGAGCUGAGCUCGAUCAGAUCGCCAUGGUGGUGAAGGUCUACGGUGAGGCCCGGGCAGUGUGUCCUCAGAGGGUGAUCCACUGCCUCGUGGAGAAGGGCGUCCCUUUUGAGCUAGUCCACGUAGAACUCGACUCCAUGGAGCAGAAGCGACCCGAGUUCAUGGAAAAACAACCGUUCGGGCAAGUCCCCUACGUCGUUGAUGGCGAAUUCGAGCUCUUCGAAUCGCGCGCCAUCGCUCGUUACUACGCGAGCAAGUACGCGGACUACGGGCCCAGCCUGCUGGGGCGGACGGUGGAGGAGCGAGCCAAGGUGGAGCAGUGGAUGGACGUGGAGGCCAUGAACUACAACCCGGUGGCCUUCUCGAUCGUGUGGAACGCGUUCAUACUCCCGGCGCGAGGGCUGGCGCGGAAGGAGGAGAAGGCGGCGGCGGCGGCCAGGAAGCUGGAAGCGAUCCUGGAGGUGUACGAGAAGCAGCUGGCGAAGAGCAGGUACUUGGCGGGGGACGAGUUCACGCUGGCCGACCUGACCCACAUCCCGGCGACGAGGUACGUCGUGGAGAACUGCGACAUGGCGCACGUGAUGGAGGGGAAGCAGCACCUGAAGGCGUGGUGGGACAACAUCACCGCCCGUCCUGGGUGGAAGAAGGUCAUGGAAUUUGUUGAAACUGGGGCGAACAAGCAUCAACCAUAGCCCAUUAUUAUUAUUAUUAUUAUUAUUAUUAUUAUUAUUAUUAUUAUUAUUAGCAGUAGUGGUGAUUGAGAGUACGAGAUCAAUAAAAGUAGAAGGAAAAAUAGGAAAGAAAUUCUCAACCGCAUGAAAAUCGUUGGCUUGAAUUGAAGAGAAAAAAAAAAAACCUUCCUUCUAGAUAAGCUCAGUUUAUGCCAUGGUUCGAAAGCAAGCGCCGCGCAAACAGGCAGUCAGCUCACGUUUGAAGGCACCGAUCUUCCAUAACAGUGUAAUGGUUAGUUCUUCAAAUGGGUAUUCAAAUAUUUAAAAUUCGAAUUCUAAUUAUGAUGUAUUGUUUUCUUUAAUAGGACAAUAAACCUAAUAGUAUUA